GUGAAACAGUCACAUUUCUACUGAAUUGGAGAUUUUUUCCUGGUCUGAUCCAGGCCAGGUGUGAAAGCCUGGCCCGUCUGAGCACAGGACAGGGGAGAAGGUGGCUUUCCUGCGGUGAUUCUUGGGGUCCGACGGGAGCCGUGCCCCUGCCUCAGUGAGCACACGGGAGGACGGGGCUGCGGGCUGACCCCAGUUCAUUCCCUGCCUAGCUCUCCCCCCACCCCCCCGCCCUGGUGAGCGGAGCCCAGAUCCCCAGGUGGGGCCCAGAGCCGGUGGGAAGUCAGGGAGCAAGGAGAAUCGUGGUCCGACCCCGAUCUGUCCCUGGCGGGCCAAUGGGCUGGGGUAGCACCUGGCAGAGGGACGGGGCUGCACGUGUGUCCGUGCGUGUGUGUCCGUGUGGGGCAAGUGGAAGAGGAACAGAGCAGGGCUGAGGUUUGGCGGGGCCGCUCGGCCAGCGGCUGGUGCACUUCCCCAAGCCCGGGGCCCAGGCUGGAACCUGGGUGGUUCCCUGGCUCUCACAGCCUGGGGGCUGGGCGGUGGGGCAGGCGGCCGGGCCUGGAGCUGGUCCAGGGAGGAGCUAAUGAUCAACGCCAGGCAGGCGCGCUGGGCCAACCUCUCGCCACCGGCCCGGGGCGCAGGGAGGAAGUGUGGCAGGAAGCAGGGGGUGGUGGCAGCCGCGGUGCGGACAGCUGGGCUGUGGGCGGCCGGCCGCCCCGGCUGCCGAGACAGCCCGCGGGGCCAGCCAGGAGGGGCCGGGAGCCGCCACCGGGUGCCUGCGGUCCUGCCGCCCACCCCCCCGGGCGGGGAGCGGCGUCUGAGCAGCAGGAGCAGCGGCCAGCGGGCAUGCGGAGCCCCCGGUGCUGAUGGUGCCGCCACCCGUCAUGGAGGGCCCAGGGGACGCGGCUGGCGAGGGGCCGGCCCCGAUGGGGAGGGGGCCUGCGGGGCCCUCGGGAGGCAGUGGCCGCGGCCACGAGGUCCAGAGAGUGGCCGUGAGCUCGUCGGUCGCCUGGGAGCGCGUGGGGCCCGAGGAAGCCCAGGUGGUGGUCAGAGGUGAUGCCUCCCCGGCCCCUGGCGGCUCUGGGCCGACUGCUGGGACCCCUCCCGGCCAGAUGGGAACCUGCCCCACAGACCUGACCCUGCAGCUGCUGGCCGUGCGGAGGAAGACGGGGCUUCCAGACCCCAGCCUGCAGCAGGCAAUGCGGGCCCGGCUCCGCCUGCUGGAAAACGACAGCCGCGAAGUGGCCAGCGUGCUGGGGGAGUUAUCGGCCAGGCUGCUGUCUAUCCACAGUGACCAGGACCGGAUUGUGGUGUCGUUUAAGACUUUCGAAGAGAUCUGGAAGUUCUCCACUUACCACGCUCUUGGCUUCACUCACCACUGCCUGGAAAACCUGCUCGUGGACCAGGCCUUCUGGCUGCUCGCGCCCAGCGAAGACGAGGAGACGACCAUCCAAGUCCACGUGGACCAGGAGGCCUUGACACGGACACAGGAGAUCCUCCUCGCCCAGGAGGGCCCUUUCUUUGUCCUGUGUCCCGACCACCGCGUGAGAGUGACCACCAGCCCCCGGGGUGCAGGCCCGCAGCCCCCGAGGCGAGCCGCAGCCCCGGCAGCGGACUCUAAGGCGCCCAGCCCCGGCACGUGCUCCCAGGACACGGCAGCGGUGGCCGCUCCGGAACCUCUGAUCCCAUUUCAUCAGUGGGCCCUCAGGGUCGCCUGGGACCCCAUCGACGACUCCGUGAGCGGCCCUGUGACGUCGGACGUUCCGCUGAUGGCCGUGGGCCUGGCCUCAGCAGUGGCAGACUACCAGGGCUCCGGGCCUGAAGAGCUGACCUUCCGCGGCGGUGACGUCAUCGAGGUCCUGGGCGCCCGGGUGCCCGGCCUGCCCUGGUGCCUGGGCCGGCACACGGCCUCGGGCCAGGUCGGGUUUGUGCGCACGAGUGACAUCAGUGUGCAGGGCCAAGUGUCUGAGCUGGAAAACGUGAUUUUUCUCGAUGAGGAAGAGAGGUCGUUCUUCAGCAACGAAGGGCGCUUCUCGGACGAGGACGCCAGGCAGUUGCUGAGGAGGAUGUCUGGCGCGGACACGUGCACCGUGUACAACUUGGACAGAUUAGAAGAGGCCGACUUUGAGCCGCUGGAAGAACAAGAAUCACCUCACCUGGACCCAGAGCCACGCGAGACCCUGCAGAAGGUGAAGAACGUUCUGGAAGAAUUGAAAUCCCGCCAGGACCGCCCCGAGGAGCCAGAGUCCUGGGGUCUCUGCGCGGCCUCCGGCGGCGCGAGCCCACCGGACCCUGAGGAGCCCCUCUUCUGCCUGGACGCGGGGGCCGACUGGACCGACCCGGAGGCCCUGGGCUCGCUGCUGCUGUUCCUGGACGCGCCCGGCUACAAGGCCUGCUUCUGCGGCCUGUACGACCUCUCCCUGCCGGGGCUGAGCGCCCUGUGCGGCGGCCGCACCGACGAGGAGGAGCUGGCCGGGCUCCUGGCGCGGGCGCGGGGGGCGGCCAAGAAGGCCGGCCUCCCCAUGGCCCUCGCCAGAGUCUGCUUCCUCCUGGGGCGGCUGUGCGUGCGCCGGCUCAAGCUGUCCCAGGCCCGGGUGUACUUCGAGGAGGCGCUGGGCGCCCUGGGGGGCCGCUUCGGCGACCUCUUCCUGGUGGCGGCCGUGUACUGCAGCCUGGCCACCGUCCACCUGAAGCAGAGGAACAGAGACAGGUGCGCGCAGGUGACGCCCAAGGCCGCGGCCCUGCUGCUGGGGACGCCCGGCCACGGCUGCGGCACCGAGGCCGGGUCGGAGCUGCUGGCGCACGCCCUGCGGCGGGCCGUGGCCGGCCGGAGCCCGCAGGCCGAGGCCCGGGCCUGCUUCCUGCUGGCCAGGCACCACGCCCGCCUGCGGCAGCCGGAGGAGGCCCUGCCCUUCCUGGAGCGGCUGCUGCUCCUGCACGAGGCCUGGGGCUCCCCGGAGGCCGCCUGGCCCGCCGACUGCUACCUGCUCCUGGCCGACACCUACAGCCGGCGGUGCCUGCCGCGCCUGGCGCUGGGCUGCGUCAGGGCGGCCUCGCUGCGGGCCCGGGCCUCGCUGCGCGCCUCGCUCCGGAGCGUGGACCUGGUCCUGCGCAACGCCCCCCGCCUGCCCCGCCCGCCCUCCCAGGCCGCGCCCCACCUCCGGCGGGCGCUGGCCUCCCUGGGCCCGGGCGCGGGCCGGGCGCUGCGCGGGCCCCUGUGCGCCAGCCUGGCCCGGCUGCACAGCGGCCACGGCCAGCACGGCAGGGCCGUCGCCCUGAUGGCGCAGGCCGCGGAGGCGGCCGCCGGGGCCGGGAGCCGCCUGGCGCUGGACUACCUGCUGGCGCUCGCCUGGCUGCACGUGCUCGGCGGCCGGAGCCCCGCGGCCCUGGGCGUCCUCGAGUGCGUGCGGGAGGGGGCGGUGGCCGGCGCCGAGCGGGAGGGCGUGAUGGCCAACGUGGCGGCCGUGGCGCUGACGAGGACGGGCAGGACCCGGCAGGCGGCCGAGGGCUACUACCGCGCCCUGCAGGUGGCGCGGGGCCGGGGCCGGCGGAGGAACCAGGCGGUGGCGCUGGCCAACCUGGGGGCCCUGUGCCUGCGGGCCGGCGCCGGCGGCCUGGCCCAGCACUACUGCCGGGAGGCCGUGAAGCUCUUCUCGCGGCUGCCCGGCGGGGAGGGCGGCCAGGACUUCACCUGCGUGCUCCUGCGGCUGGGCUGCCUGUGCGCCCGCAGGGCCCGCGCCCGGCAGGCCAAGUGCUACUACGAGUGGGCCUUUCUGGUCGCCGCGGAGAUGGACCACCUGGAAGGCCAGCUGCUUGCCGUCCAGAGGCUCUGUCACUUCUACAGCACGGUCAUGCCCAGCGAGGCCCAGUGCGUCGUCUACCACGAGUUCCAGCUGUCGCUGGCCCGCAGGGUGGCGGACAAGGUGCUGGAGGGGCAGCUCCUGGAGACCAUCAGCCGGCUCUACCUGUCCCUGGGCACCGAGCGGGCCUACAGGUCCGCGCUGGACUACACCAAGCGCAGUCUGGGCAUCUUCAUCGACCUGCAGAAGAAGGAGAAGGAGGCGCACGCUUGGCUGCAGGCGGGGAAGAUCUAUUACAUCCUCCAGCAGAACGAGCUGGUGGACGUGUACCUCCAGGUGGCCCAGAACGCAGCCCUGUACACGGGGGACCCCAAGCUGGGGCUGGAGCUGUUUGAGGCGGCUGGGGACAUCUUCUUCAACGGGACCUGGGAGCGGGAGAAAGCCGUGUCCUUCUACCGGGAUCGGGCGCUGCCCUUGGCCUCCACCACAGGGAACCAGGAGGCCGAGCUGCGUCUGUGCAACAAGCUGGUGGCACUGCUGGCCGAGCUGGACGCGCCCCGGGAGGGCCUGGAGUUCGCCCACAUGGCCCUGGCGCUCAGCAUCACCCUGGGGGACCGGCUGAACGAGCGAGUGGCCUACCACCGACUGGCCGCCCUGCACCACCGGCUGGGCCACGGCGAGCUGGCGGAGCAUUUCUACCUCAAGGCCCUGUCGCUCUGCAGCUCGCCCCUGCAGUUCGCCGAGGAGACGCUGUACUACGUGAAAGUGUACCUGGUGCUCGGGGACAUCAUCUUCUACGACCUGAAGGACCCCUUCGACGCGGCGGGGUACUACCAGCUGGCCUUGGCAGCGGCCGUGGACCUCGGCAACAAGAAGGCCCAGAUGAAGAUCUACACGCGCCUGGCCACCAUCUACCACAACUUCCUCCUGGACCGCGAGAAGUCCCUCUUCUUCUACCAGAAGGCCAGGACUUUCGCCACCGAGCUCAACAUCCGCAGAGUCAACCUGGCCCCGGGGCGGUGCUGGGGGCGGGCGCCCUGGCUGGCCCCCGGCUCCUCACCCUGAGGUCCCCUGUCUGCCCUGGCUGGUCCCCGGCCCCUCGCCCUGAGGUCCCCUGUCCGCCCUGGCUGGCCCCCAGCCCCUUGCCCUGAGGACGCCUGUCUGCCCGGCUGGCCCCCGGCCCCUCGUCCUGAGGACCCCUGUCCACCCUGGCUGGCCCCUGGCCCCUCGUCCUGAGGACCCCUGUCCUCGCCUCUCCUAGUGUCUCUGGGAGGCUCAUUUUCUGGGAAACAGAGGCAGGACAGUAGGGGUCUGAUAGCAAUAAACGAUUUUGCGGCAGCCUGCCAAAGCCCGCAAGGCCCCCUCCCCUGGCCUGGGGAGCGUCCAGGGACCAAGCCCCGUCCCCGGGGGCCCGCCCUGCUGCUGUGAACUGGAAGGACUGAGUCGGACCGACCCGGGCCAGGUCCCCCUGCCGGCCCCGCGCGGUGUGGCCUCAGGCAAAUCACGCCCCUCGCACCCAUUUCCUGGCCUGUCAGAGCGGAAGGCAGUGGUGGGAUCCCCUGGGCAUCUUCCCCCUUCCUCGUGCCCUCACUGUGUGUCAGGCUCUGUGCUCUGCCUUUAACCCUCACGCCGACCUCACCGGGCCCGCAACGUUGGGUCUGUUAUUGUCCCCAUUUCCGGCCAAGGCACAGAGAGGGUAGGUGCCCUGCCCGCCGUCACACAGCAGGUAGGUGGGGCAGAACUGUAACCACUGUACCACCUGCCCGCCUGCCUCGGGGGGAUGUGUCAGCAUCAGGACCCAGGGGCGCGUCCUGGAAGAAGGUGCUAGCACGUCAUUGCACCUCCGCCCCUUCCUGCGUCCUGAAGGCGAGCUAGGGGAACGCGGCCCACACGCUCCCUCACCUGAGAGUCCUCUGGCCCAGCCCGGCCGUUCCCACCUGCUCCCGCCAGCCAGCCAGGCCGGGGAGAGGGGGGCCUCCAGCCCUGUGCGGAAUGUGCUGCUGUGAGUGCGUCUAGGGGCUCAUCUGGGCCCCCACGUGCCAGGAACCCUCCAUUUACAGUCAGGGAAACUGAGGCUCAGAGAGGCCGUGGGCGUCCCAAGUGGUUCUCACCCGCACGGCACUGUUCCGAUGUCUUUUUCUUUAAUUUAUUUUGUCAAACAAGGUGACAUGCACGUAAGAUCAAAUGAACCAUUUAAAGUGACCGA